AUGCCCUCCGAUAAUCCAGAUUCUCGGCCUCGAGAACCGGCACCCAAGAGCAAAGCUCGCAAGACCGAUCCGAAUGCCCCCGUCCGAAAGCGCCGCAAGAGAACCGUCGUAAGCGGGGCCCCCGACGACUGCUUCGCCUGCUCCAAACGAGGAGCCCGAUGUGAUCGACGCAGACCAUACUGUUCUCAGUGUCUCGAACUGGGUCGCGAAUGUUCCGGGUACAAGACGACGUUGACAUGGGGCGUGGGAGUCGCAAGCCGAGGCAAGCUCCGCGGACAGAAGCUGCCGGUGAUGGAAUCGGAAGAGCAAGUGAGACCGGCAAAACCUCAAUCCAAGGCCUCAAAUAGCAGUGGUCCGUCUUCUUCACUACGGGCUCCUUUUAAUCCUUCUGUUCCGGUGCCUCCGGUCACUGGUCCGGGACUUUCAUCCUUCGACGCUGGGUCCACCAAUGUCAAAUUGGAAAGUCCGCCGCCCAUGAUACCGGGAUUUGAUAUGCCAUGGACGAUGGAUAUGCCAGAUCCUCAGUCGUGGUCUAAUACGGCUGCUUCGACGCCCAAGAUUUCAGGACUUCCAUUACCAUCCCGGCCUUUGGUGCCAAAUACUACCCAAUGCAUGACCCCAGAUUCAACAUUGCAGUAUGCUCCUAUAUUGAGCCCAACUGCCAGCUUUAAUUCACCAGUAUGGCCUACUGCAAUGCCAUUAUCAUAUCAGCCCGUCACUCCGCCAUACUCGCAAGACGCUGACGAAGAGGAUGUCAAAAGAGAUCCUAAUUACCAUAUGCUUUGGAAUGCCGCACAUUCCCCGUCACUGUCUCACCUCCUUUUGGCGCGAUCCGUGGGGAAGACACCUCGUCUUCGUUAUCUUAUCAGCUACUAUGCGGAAGUUAUUGCUCCCAUGAUUGUUGCUUUUGACAGCCCAUCAAACCCCUUUCGCACACAUGUCAUCCGAUUGGCCGUAGAGAGUGAAGCUUUACAAGAAGCAAUUGCAACGCUGGCUACAAGUAACUUGCGACAACGGCGAGAGCAUAACCAUCGUUCCACCGAGAGAACAUUACCGGCACGAAUGGCAUCGAUGGCUCACCGUGCCCUCACCGACGAAGACUUUCAAGAUCGCUAUGGGAUCUCGGUUCCGGAAGGAUAUCAGAGGGAAGAAAAUCACCAUCGAGGGAUGGCUGUCAAGGCUUUGAACGCCGAUUUGGCUGACCCUCGUCGAAGACUGUCAGAUUCAGUGCUAGCCACGCUUUUGAUGCUCUGUUUGUUCCACGGUUGUGAUACUGGCGUUGCUGAAUUCCGAACGCAAUUUGCAGGAGUAACAAGACUCUUAGCGAUCCGGAUGCGCCAUUCGCGCGUAUUAUCAGAUGAUCUCAAAUGGUUCAUCCGCAUGUUCUCAUGGUUCGACACACUUACUGCUACCACGAAUGACCGUGAUGUACAGCUUCGCGGUACAUGCUUGGAUAUUAGUUCGCAGACUGAUGGAGAAUGGGGCUUGGAGAAUCUGGCUGGUUGUGAUGGUCGUCUAUUCAAAUUGAUCUCUCAGCUGGGUCGCUUGAAUCUUCUCAGCCAAGAUCAAACUCCUAACCUGUCCCGUCCAAAUGAUGCUACUGUCUCCACUGCCUCGCUUCCUCCUUCUAUGCUAUACCCAGGGUGGGAAACGGUCACACCAGAUCCUAUAACUGGCUCCAUGUCGCUUCCUGACUGCGGAUUCUCCCUCCCUACCCCGCCGCAGAGCAGCGAACAGUCCCGUCGGCCAUCUUCUCCAGAAUUCUGGACCGAAUGGUAUUCACUUCGACAGCGACUUGAAUCCUGGCGAUUCGACCCACCCGCUGAACCAUCUGGUUUCCCUUCACCCACGCUGUCUGCAGCGAACAUGUCAUGGACCUCUACACACUACCCCAUGCCACGGACCUCCACAUCUAUGUACCAAGUGGCGCCCGAGAAUCUCCAAGAUGUCUUCCAGAUCUCGGAGUGUUUCCGCCACGCCGCGCUUCUAUACUGUGAACGCCUAGCAGAGCCAACUCUCCCAUCACGGCAUGGACGUAUCCAGCACCUCGUCCAACUGGCCAUGCACUGUCUUUAUACCGUGCAGUCCGAUGUAUACCUUCUCUGGCCAUUAUUUAUUGUGGGAUCGGAGUGUGUCGAGGAGACUCACCGCUCGAUCAUCCGAAAUCGCUGCAAGGAUAUCUCCAAAGAUUCCGGCUUCGUCAACAAUCUAUCAUGCCUAGAACUCUUAGAACGGAUCUGGGCUGAGUAUUCUGAUGAAUCCUCGUAUCCUGUUUAUCCAAGCGACUUCGGACCCCCACCUCCGCUGGCUGGAGGUCGGGCACCUACUUCGCAAGCCUUCCGAUGGUCCCAGGUCAUGCAGGCCAAGCGGGGCGGCGGAGAAUACAUGGUGGCAUAG